AUGUAUCUCGAUGCUUUAAUACCCCGCCCCUUUUUAAGCGAGACCCCCAAUUUCUUACCCCGCAUUUCUGAUCGUGGCUCCCCCGACCUUCAUUUUCACAUCUACAUCAAGGCUAAGAUAUACUUGCGCCACCUACUGCUCCGGCUAGGAUGCCUGCCUACCUUGAUAUCAAUCCUCGAGCAACUGUACCAAGAUAUAUCGCUUGCGAAGUUCGCAGCUAUCGCCGCCUCACAUAUAAAAGGACCAAGGCUCGCCCAAUUUUCAGAGCUCUGGCUCCUCGCGACCAUAUUCCAGCAAAGAGCACAUUAUGUGUUUUAUGACGACAAAAAGGAAUACGAGGCGCAAUUCUUCACCACCAAGGUAGUCACGGAUCUGGCAACCGGUGCUCCUUUCGGUGACUUAACAAGUGAUGCAGACCAGCGCGAGUAUCUCCGAACCGUCACAGAAGCCCAAUUAGCAUCUGUAAUGAUCAGCAGUAUACCUGAUCUAACCAAAAUUAUCCAGAUCCCAUGGAUUGGAAACGGCUGUCCCCAACAUCUCAAGAUGGGGAUCGCUGAGGAGAGAGUCGCAGAACGUUUUGAUCCUAAUUCGAGAAAGAAAUUAGAGAAGCCGAAUAUCAUACAAUCCUUACUUAACAACGGCUUAACUCAGGAAGAAACUUUCUCAGCUUACAGGCUCAGACACGGCUUCGUCUACUAUCAGAGCAACAAUGCUCUGUACCCUAACCUCUCCUUUGACCUGCCAAAAACUGCAAGUAGAAAUCGGCGCUGCACCACUCAGCACACCCGUUGUCCGAGACGAAGAAGCACACAAGCUCGUCUACCCCAAGCCGUGAUCUUAGAAGGAAUUCGCAUUCACCCACCUCCUGGAGGUUUACUUCUUAGAUUAACUCCUCCAGAAGGCGACACAAUAAACGGCAUUUCUAUCACAGGUGGUGUUGAGAUUGGUGUUAAUACGUGGGGAAUGAUGCGUGAUGAGGAUGUCAUUGGGCCGGAUCCAGAGAUGUUUCGCCCAGAGCAGCGGCUGGAGAUUGAGGAGGCGAAGUAUGCGGAGAUGGCGAGGGUGGUGGAUUUGACGUUUGGGGGUGGGAGGUAUAAAUGUCUUGUCUGGGGGUGGCCUUUAUGGACUUGAAUAAGGUUAUUGUUUGGAUGAGUGAGGGUCGUUCCGUCUGGAAUUGAUGGCUGACUUGAGUCCUGGUAGUUCAUGCGUAACUUUGGCUGGGCUGUGGUUGACCCGGCAAAUCCGUGGAAGAGCGCUAAUGUUGGGAUUAUCUUGUAGAGGGAGUUCUAUGUUCGGGUAUCAGAGCGGGGUCCGAGGAUACCACUUACUUUAAGUACCC